AUAUGGCUGACGACGACGAAUACGACUCAUUCGUACGACGAGGGGAAGAGGGGAUGCCUCCUGAGCGGCUACGACAGAAAACUGGAGGCUUCGGGCAGAAGCUACGUGGGUGACAGCAGAAGGUACGGGGCGAUCAGUCUGAACGAAGUCGACACCAGGGUCGUACGAAAGUUGCGUCUGCUCUCAAAUUAUGAAUGCAUCGAAGCCAUAAAACGGCCGUUCAGCCUUGCCGACAUGCCCACACUUGCAAAGGAACUGAUUUUCAGCGAACCGACAACUAGAAUCGAGAGAGCCACGGAAAAUACUCCUGCAACGUUCGGUUUCGGUGCGCUGAAGCUCAUUGUUCGAGCCCGGAACCCGCUAGAAAACGGCGUAUGUUGGCUUGGAAAAAAGCACCGACUUAUCAGCCUUUGGAGUGCUCCGGCGAAGGCAUCGAAAAAGGGUGCUGUGAUAAGCAUUCACUCGGAUUUUCUCAUUCACGUCUACACCCUCGAAAAACAGAAGCACAAAAAGACCUAA